AUGCUGCUUUCUGCCUCUAGAGACAACAUCACAUUGGUCAGCGAGUUCUUAGCUGAAGCCAAGAUGACUGCGACGAUGGAUCAUCCGCAUAUCGUGUCUUUUGUUAAUGUCGCAUGGGAUUCCCUCACUGAUCUCUGUGUGGUACUUGAGUACAUGGAUGGAGGGGAACUACGCUCGUUACUUAACACCUACCUAGAGUCGAAAACCCCCGUAGGUUUUGACCGAGAGAAGGCAACCAUUGCUCUUCAAUCUCGCAACAUUCUUCUGGAUAGCAGAAUGAAGGCGAAACUGUCCGACUUUGGAAUCUCUCGCGAGCGUCUUGACCGCACAAUGACUGCGGGUGUGGGGGCUUCACUGCCGAUAUGUUUUCCUUUGGUGUGGUGUUAUCGGAGCUUGACGUCCAUUCACUGCCGUACGCUCGUGUCAAGAAGGAGAAUUUGGACUCAAAUGGUCGGGAAAUGA